ACCUCUUAGCGGAGCUUGAUUAAGAUUACUUAAACCCUUCCGUGUUAAUUGUAUUAAUGCUGAUGAACCAUGGCAACACCAGCACUGGCUUCAAUAGUGCAGCAAGAGCAGCAACAAGGUGAGGUAGAAGCUGUUCCGAGCACUACUACUGGUUCUAGCGCAUGGAAGUCUUCAGGAUCUGUUGCUCCAUUUUUUGCUGUGAUGUCUGUGCUUGUAAUUCUGGCUGUUCUUUCUUGCUAUUUGGGUCGCAAGUGGAAUCGAAGACCCAAAACACCAUUGGAGAGUAUCAGAGGGAGAGGGUUUUCUGGGUGGCUUAAGCGUGUGUGCCGGGAACGUAUUGGCAAUGAUAUUGAAGUUGGGGGUGUUGGGCCCAAGGUCAUGGUUUGUGAUGACCUUGAGGACAUUGAUCAUUGUACAAAUGGUGAACCUGCUCACCAAAACACAACCCAAGUUUCAUGCUAAACUCAAAUUUGUUCGAUUUCAACAUUGUUAAUCACACAUGUCUUGUCAUACUAAUUGUUUUAAAUCAAUCAAGUUUUUUUUUUAAGGGUAGUGACGGAUCUUCA